AUGGCACCUACUCCAUUGGAAAUCAAAGUCAACGCUUUGAAAAGACUCAUAAAGGAAGAAUCCUUGUAUAAUCAAGAAACUGCCGAACAGGCGAGCCUUGUGGAUCAGAUGAGAACAAACAAUGCAGAUCCUUAUGAAUUGAAGAAACAAGUUGAGGUAUUGAACGAAAGCAAAAGAAUGGUUGUUGAAUUGACCAAGAAAAUCGAUUCUCACAGCAAAUCAUUGGCUGAGUUCUUAAAGGGAUACAGUGGAGACGAAGACUUGACGUUGGCUAGUUCAUUAUUAAAAUAA